GCUGCGACACCCCACCAAGAGCAGUGUGACCGGAGGCUUUCUCUACAAAACUGGAAAGCUAAGGCCUGGCCAACAGCACCUUUCUCAUUUGUCAACCAUGCACGGACAAUUGAGGACAACUGUUCAUCACAUCCAGUCACUGCCAUGUGUGAAACUGUAGAAGAAAACACUGCUGAGAUGAGAAACACAGACAGUGCCAUUCAGCCCAUAGUACCUCUUGUAUCAACAUCUUCAUCUGAAUGUGUUUCUGCUGUGCCUGGGCCCAUUCAAUGUUGUGUUCAGCAUCGUAAAGACAGUGGUACUGUGAUAUCACCACUGCGAUGUAGAGAAGCCAACGGGGGAAGGAAUCACUACAGGAGGGCACCAUUGCGGAGGGUCAGCCACCAUGGUAGCACAUCUGACUGCGAGUCGGACUCUGAUGCUGUGGAUCGCAGUGGAGCUGGACGCGAUUGUGGAGGAUUCUCUGCGGCAAUGUGGGAGCGAAUUCGUUUCUUGCGCAUGGCCAGCUCUGAAUCCACAAAGGACAGCAACAGACACCAGGAGCGAGCAGGGUCGCUGUCUGGGAACUCGGUAUCAAGUGAUUCUGCUAUUGGUCAUGGAGACUCUGUCCUCUCUCUGCGCCUGCAUGAGCUGGAAGCUGAGCUUAUGGCCACAAAAUGUGAGCUGGCAAAAGCUUUGAAUCGAGAGACAUCUCAAAAGAAUACCCUUAUUGAACAAGACAACCUAAUUGCUGAGCUGCAGCACCGACUUCAUUGUCUUGAAGCCAGUGGUGAUGAUUCCAGGCCAAGCUCAAGGGGGAACAGUAUGAAUGUACAACGAAUGAAUGAUAAAUGCUGCAUGCUACAAAGUCAUAACCGAUUUCUAAAUGAGGAAGUCCAGAAUCUGUCAAGAUUAUUGCAACAGCAACAGUGCCAUGCUAUUACAUAUCAAAACUGUCUACAAGACCAGGAAAAAGAGAUUGACCAAUUGAAGAGAGACUAUGUCUUCCUCAUGCAGUCGGCCAUUAGGAUGCGUUCCAUGGAAGGACCUGAAGUCAUGGAGGUGUAUUUUUAUGGCGGACAAAGACAUGCAGCUCGUGUACUCCAGCUUUUGCGGGAAGCCCGCAUGUCAAAUCCAGGCCUUCCUACGUACGACAGCCAAAGCAAGGUGCUCCAACACACGGAUGCCUUAGGUUUUCGGCAUUAUUACACCGAGGAGAGCCUGGCACUACACUACAUCUGUCGCCAGCUGCACCUUCACUACCAGGAGCGGCUGCCCUCAGCUGCCCACCACCUGUGGCGCUGGCGUCAGUACCUCCUGCUUUGUGGUGACAACCUUAUCAGCACAAAAGAACUGAAGAGCUUGGUACGGCAAGGUGUUCCUGCUGCAUUUCGGAGCCAAGUCUGGAAGGCGUUGUAUACCUGUCGAGUGGCAGACAUCAUCGAAGACAAGGGCAAGAACUACUACAGCAACUUAUGUUGUCAAGCAUCUGAGUCUGAGGUGGUGUCUCAGAACAAGCGGCAGAUAUCCCUUGACCUCUUGCGCACGCUGCCAAAUAAUGUUAGAUUUAGCAGCCCUGAUGCCGAUGGGAUUCGCAAGCUGCAGGAAGUUCUCCAAGCCAUUUGCCUGCACAACCCCAGCCUGGGAUAUUGCCAGGGCAUGAACUUUCUAGUUGGAAUGUGUCUUCUUUUCAUGGAGCCAGAAGAUGCCUUUUGGUGCCUUGUGGGCAUUACGGAGCGCUACUUCACAGCCCAUUACUUUGACCACAGCUUGGUAGGGGCUCAAGCAGAUCAGGAGGUUCUCAAGACACUACUGCGGGACAAGUUGCCGAGACUGCACCGACAUUUGGCGCAGCUUGACAUUGAGCUCUGCACGGUCACCCUCAACUGGUUCCUUGCCAUUUUCUUCGACUCCGUUCCUUUUGAGGUCUUUGACUAUGGCACAUUAUAUGAUGUGGGCAAGUGUUGCCAUUGUCUUUGUACCUGUGACUGUGGUGCUGCUCCUGCCAGCAUCCAGGUCUGUCAUGUGGCACUGGUCUGA